AUGAUCGUCUACCGCUAUCUUACCGUGGGUCUGGCAAUCCUCGCCCCAGCAGUCAGUCGGGCUACGAGUACGCAGCAGCCUCUCGACAAACCCGGAUGUGAUGGAUCAGGUCUGAUCGACCCGGAUGGUCAUGACCCCUGCAGCGGCGAUGGACUCAUUAACGACCCUGCCCCUGGUCAUUCGGGCCACCGUGAGGGCUUCCAGUUCGAGAACCCGUCCACUCAUUGUCGCUUUGUAUCACAGAUGCACAUAUGGGAUGCCUUCAAGGACCUCGAGAAAGACAUGAGUAAAUUAUUCACACUGAUAAACAAGGAUGUCAAAUUUACUGUGGUCGGCCAUCACCCCAUCGCUGGACGGUAUCAUGACCUGCUGCAUUUCUACGUGAACGCCCUGCGUCGGGUGAGUGUGCUUUUCUAUGACCACGCCGACAAGUUCGAGAUCCACCCUAAGGCUAUUCACGGCGGGUGCAAUAGUGCUUGGUCGGUCGAGGAGAUUCAGUUCAAGGGAGUGAUGAACUCUGGUAGGUGUGAUGCGGUGUGGUGUGGUGUGGUGUGGUGUGGUGUGGUGUGGUGUGGUGUGGUGUGCAGUGGUCUGCAUUCCAGGCUGAUUGUCUUGCAGGGGAUCAAUUUGACAUUGUCAAUGUAUGGGUGA